CACGGAGGCUUGAAUAGGAAGGCUAAAACGCAAGGUUCUCUCCCGCCGCGCGCUCCAUCCGACCAGGACCCCCAAAAAGCCCCGGUGAUUGUCAUUUAUGUCAUGGUGUUAAUGGAAAAUAGACUACUCUGUACUCGGUACUUCCUCGAAACCUCGUUUUCUAGAAACUUGUGGCCCCUUCCAAGCGCUUGACGCAAUGCAGUCGGUCAUCUGAGCCUUAAAAUAGAUGCAAGGGACUCAGGCCACACAAGCUCGAAUGUGCCAAGCAAGACAGACACGGAGCACACACUCCGCACUCCGGACCCUUCUCUUUGCGGGCGAGUAUUGCAUCAUAAAUCAACUGCCGACGGAGAACAUAUCUCAUUACGCAUGCUGUGCGAGAGCCGAGAUCAACAGCCGCAGUCAGCCGCGACCCAAUCUCAAGCUGCACACCGGACAAAUAUUUUCUCGUAGGCGUUUUUUGGAGUAACUGUAUUUCGCGGAGCUAAAUGAACGACCCCGACGUGAUCGACAGUAAGCAUUAAAUCCCGAAAUCCCUUUGAAUGUUGUCUGGGGUCCAGGCAGACGGAGAAAACCGCUCGGGACACGCAAGUGGUAAGUGGUUACCCGAGGAGAAUUUCGUCCGAAGGGGCUUCCGAUGGGUCGCAACAUCAUAACAUUACACAAUGCCACGCACAUGUAUGAACUAAGGACUAUCUCAUUUAUGUAUGAUGAUAAUGGGUCUCUAUAUUCAUGGAAAGC